GCCAAUCAGCGGUGGAGGGGCGGGCUGCUCGAACUGUCCAAUCAGGUGGGCCGAGAUAGGAAGGUUCUUCCGGUGUCAUGGCGCUACACUGUUGAGAGUCUUCCUGCAGGCUAGACCGCUUUCUUCUGUGACUUGUACUGCGGCGGGCUGCGUGGAAGGACGCUAGAAGACCCUCGCGCCACGCAAUGGUGACGUUGUGGGGCGGGAGCCCUGAGAUGGGAUGGAAUCCGGGAGGCAGUGACCUUUGAGGAUGUGACUGUAACCUUCACCAUAAAUGAGUGGGUUUUGCUGAAUCCAUCCCAAAAGAAGCUCUACAGAGAUGUUAUGUGGGAAACCUUUAGAAACAUGGCUGAUAUAGGAAGAAGCUGGAUGAAUCCGCAAAUUAAAGAAGUAUAUAAAAAUUUUUGGAGCAAUCUAAGAAGUGAAGAGGUAGAAAAAUAUUAUGAAUGUAAAGAUUGGAAUCAACAUGAAGAAAUAUUCCUCUGGACUCCAGAUUCUAAUGUGAACAUUAAAAAAACAGGUUUCAAACAAGCUGAAAGCCUUCCUUGUAGAAGGCCCCUGACUGAUCAUGUAUCACUAACUGUACCCACUAUAGCUCACACAGGACUGAAACCGUAUGAGUGUGAGAGAAUCAAAGAGAAGUUGCAUAAAUGUAACGAACAUGGGAAAACCUUCACUGAAUUCCAGUUCUUUCAAAAGCAUGAAAGUAUAAACCCUACAGAGAAACCAUGUGAACAUAUGCAAUGUAAGAAAACCUACUGUGAUUCCAGUGAAAGAACUCAUGCUGGGAAAAAGCCCCUUGUGUAUAAGAAAGGUGUAAAAGCCUCCAGAACAUGCAAUUAUGUUCAGCUUCAUGAAAGAAAUCACAGUGGAGUGAGUCCCUAUGUAUGUAAACAAUGUGGAAAAGCUUUUAUUUCUUUCCACUCUAUUCAAAUACAUGAAAAAACACACACUAGAGAGAAGGCCUAUGUAUGUAAGGAAUGUGGGAAAGCAUUUGCUCAUUGUAAUUCCUUUUGCAAACAUAAAAGAAUUCACACUGGGGAAAAACCCUAUGUAUGUAAAUUGUGUGGGAAAACUUUCAGCAGAUACUAUGAUUGUCAAAUACAUGAAAGAAAUCACACUGGGGAGAAACCCUAUAUAUGUAAGCAAUGUGGAAAAGCCUUUAGUACACACAGUAAUUGUCAAAAACAUGAAAGAAGGCAUACUGGGGAGAAACCUCAUGUAUGUAAGCAGUGUGGGAAAGCAUUCAGCACACACAGUCAUUGUCAGAAACAUGAGCAAAAUCAGACUCGUGAGAAAACCUAUAGAUGUAAGCAAUGUGAGAAAACCUUCUGUUCUAAGUGUUUAUUAUGUGAACAUAAAAAAUCUCACACUGCAGAGAAACCCUAUAUCUGUAAGCAAUGUGGGAAAGCCUUUAGCAGACAUUAUGAUUGUCAAAUACAUGAAAGAAGCCACAAUGGAGAAAAACCCUAUGUAUGUAAGCAGUGUGGGAAAGCUUUUACCACACAAGGUCACUGUCAAAGGCAUGAAAGAACUCACACUGGGGAGAAACCUUAUAUAUGUAAGCAAUGUGGGAAAGCCUUCAGCAGACAAGGUACUUGUCAAAUACAUGAAAGAAUUCACACUGGGGAGAAACCUUAUAUAUGUAAGCAAUGUGGGAAAGCCUUCAGCAGACAAGGUACUUGUCAAAUACAUGAAAGAAUUCACACUGGGGAGAAACCUUAUAUAUGUAAGCAAUGUGGGAAAGCCUUCAGCAGACAAGGUACUUGUCAAAUACAUGAAAGAAUUCACACUGGGGAGAAACCUUAUAUAUGUAAGCAAUGUGGGAAAGCCUUCAGCAGACAAGGUACUUGUCAAAUACAUGAAAGAAUUCACACUGGGGAUAAGCCUUACGUAUGUAAGCAGUGUGGAAAAGCUUUCAGCAGGCAUAGUGAUUGUGAAAUACAUAAAAGAACUCACACUGGGGAGAAACCCUAUGUGUGUAAGCAGUGUGGGAAAGCAUUUGCUGAUAACAGUUCAUUUUAUAGACAUAAAAGAACUCACACUGGGGAGAAACCUUAUACAUGUAAACAGUGUGAGAAAGCAUUCAGUACACGCAAUGAUUGUCAAAUUCAUGAAAGAAGUCACAAAGGGGAAAAACCCUACAUAUGUAAGCAAUGUGGGAAAGCAUUCACUACAAACAAGUAUUGUCAAAUACAUGAAAGACGUCACACUGGGGUGAAAUUCUAGGUAGGCAAGCCUAUUUUGAAAAUCCUGUAAAGUGUUCUCAUAUAAUGGAGACUUGUAGAAAUAAGUAAUAUAAAAUAUUUGAUGUCAAUUAUAUCAAUGUAAUUUUGCUCACUUUGUUUCACACAGAGACAGUAUAUGCAUAAAAUUUUGUUUUAACCUUCAGAUUGUUACUUUUCAUGUUUAUAUUUUCAUAACUUUCAAUUUGGUGAUAAUUUUCCCACUGAUUGUACCAAAAAAUUAACCAUACUGUUCUGAGUGCCCCAUUGCCACAAACCAGCAGGACCCUGUUUUUCAAAUAGUAUAUCUUGAAUUAUAGUAUUAUAUCAGUCCAAACAGUAUAAAUUAUGCUGUAAAUUGUCAGCAACAAUAUUUUCAAAGGAAUUUUUGUCAGCAUUGGAAUGGUUUUGAGGAGAAUGGUUGCUGUUGGAUGUAAUGAGACAGAUGCCUUUAUUCUCUAAUGUUGUGAAUGCUAUUCUACCUUUGGUAAUCAUUUUUUGCCUAAAAACCUGAAAUAAUGAAGAAAAGCCUAAUUCAUGAGAGGUAUCAGUCAGUCUAGUAAAGAAAAUUUACAAAUUUGAUUCAGAUUUUACUUGUUUUAGAUAUAAAUUUAUAUCAUUUUCUCAUGAUGUGAUUAACUUACGGUAACAUAAAAACAUGAGCAAUGCAUUAAUUAUCCCUAAUGCAGUGAGCAUUAUACUAGCUUGUCCUGGCCUUAAUUAUGCUCAGGCACGUAAUUAGUCAUGAACUGAGUAAUAUUAUCUAAACUUAGGUCUGUUUUAUAACAACACAUGAAGUAUCUGAUGUAAUUCAUGGAAUAUAAUGCAUCGUAGAGAAUACUUUUGAUUUUUACAUACUGAAACAUGUCUAACUUCAUUGCAGUGCACUUCUGCUUCUUACUAUCACCAGGAAGAUAGGUAGUUUCGAUUGCUAUUGGUUUUCCAAGCCAUGAUGGAAUGUUUAAAAUA